AUGGAUAUGCCAACUUACAAGUGUAUUAUUAUGGGCGAUGCAAACUGUGGCAAAAGCGCAUUUUUGAAGCGCCAUCUAAUUGGAGAAUUUAAUACGAAAUAUGUGCCCACGGACAAGUAUGCAACCAAUGUGGACACACUGAUAUUCAGCACCACUCGCGGACCCAUUCGCUUCGAUGUCUGGGACUGGGGUAAGGAGGACAAGGAGCUGGAACGCUAUCCAGAUGACUUCUACAAGGGCAGUCAGUGUUCGAUCUUGAUGUUUGAUCUAUGUGCAGUGGAGGCUUUCGAUACUUUUCCCAACUACGCUGUAAUGUUGGAGAAACAAGGCAACAAGGCGGAUAUAAAACUUGAUUUCGCAUUGAGACCAGAAACCUUUUUGGGAUGUGGCACCGAACCCGAGGAUCGCAUUUAUAGCGAAAUAUCAGUCAAGACAAAUACCAAUAUCAAUGGACCGUUUCUUUAUUUGGCACGCAGCCUGUUCAAGGACUUCACACUGCAGUUUGUCAAGCUGCCUCGCUUGGUGCUGCCACCGCCAGUGAGGAUCGUAAAGAUGUCUUAA